AGCUUGCUCACUACCUUCCUUCAUCAUCACUGGCAGCGGGCCGGUGUUUUGUCUAUUACUGGCUAUGGUAGCAGUAGCACUUACACACUCGUAGGGAGUACUUUAUUUCUUCUCUUUAACUUGUCUUUAACCAACGAUUUUGGACCAACGAGAACCUAUUAAAACGACUCACUGGAUCGCUACCACACCAAUUUUGACUAGCAGUUUGGUUUUUGCUUUGUAUAUCCGACAAGAGGCGCUGGUUAGCUGAUUAGCUGCAUAAAGAGAACCCAGUACUCAUUUUGUUGUCCGAAGCAGCGAGAAUUAUUUUUCACAAUUAACAGACAUGCCGGAAUACCUCGAGGACCCGUCUGUUCUCACUAAAGACAAACUCAAGAGCGAGCUGUUGGCCAACAAUGUGGCUCUUCCGAGCGGGGAUCAAAGAAAAGAUGUUUAUGUGCAGCUGUAUCUGAAAAGCUUGACCGUGCAGAACAAGAAGAACGCUACCCUAGACGCUUUCUCCAGUGAUGAAGAGUUGCCAACGCCAGUAGUAUCCAACAAAAGUCGCUCGGGCAGGAAAGCCACCAGGAAGACUGACAAGCCCUCUCCAGAAGACCUGGACGUGACAGAGCUGACCAGCGAGGGUCUGAAGGACGAGCUGCUGAAGUAUGGAGUCAACGCUGGGCCCAUCGUGGCCUCCACCCGUAAGCUGUAUGAGAGGAAACUACAGAAGCUACUUGACCAGGGCCCCCCCGAGCUGGUGGUAACUUCACCUGUGGUGACGGAGAUCGACAGCAACCACAAUGGCAACUCUGACUCAGACCGCUACAGUGAUAAGGAGGAGGAGGAGACGCCAGCUCCAGAGCCAGUGCCAGAGCCUGUCCCAGUGCCAGUGCCAGUGCCAGAGCCUGUCCCAGUGCCAGUGGUGGAGAGGCCGGUGAGGAGCAGAGGGAAGACCCCUGUCACCACCAGGACUCACAGCAGCCAGCACAACAGAGUAGAGAAGAUAGCAGCUGGAGACCAGACCUCCAGAAGGGACGAAGGAGACCUCAAGGAGAUGUUCCCCAACAAUGUCAACACGCCAACAGGAAUCAACGCCACCUGUCGACAACCCAUCCGUGGUGCAGCCGGACGACCCCUCAAGUCCAGUGACCUGUGGUUGGAGAACUCCCUCCUGCACUCUCCUAGAGAGACUACCUCUACCUCCUCCUACAGAGAGAGUCAUGUGGUCCACAGAGUCACCUCCCUGCCCCCUCCACCCUCUUCCUUCUCCUCUUCCUCCUUCUCCUCCUCCAGGCUGGUGUCUGCAGCAGUGGCGCCCCCCGCUGUCCAGCCCAAGGCACGACGAGGCCUGUCCAUGUGGCUGCAGCUGCUGCUGCUCAGCGCUCUGGCCGGCUUCCUGUUCUUUGUCUACCAGGCUAUGGAGACCAAUGCCAUCAGUCCCUUUGGAGGCUCUUCCUCCUCAGGCUCCGCCCAGGUUGGCAGUGACAGUACAGCAGACGUCCCCAGCAAGUGAGCCAGCUGUUCACCAUCAUCCUCUUCACUCCUCCUGUGUCUUUUGUUUUCCCCUGUUUUCAUCGUUUUUCAUUUCACUAUCAGUUUUUAAGGCAACAGUAUGGACCUACACCUGUAUUAACACCUCUUGAAUAUCCGCACAUACACAAUAUAAAGACAGUUUUGUUCUGGUUUUGUCACACCUACCUUGUUUUGACCUUUUGAUGCCGAGAUAAAGCCACUUAGUAAGCCAAAACAAUGGCCUCCAGGAAAUUAUUAAUUUGCUUUAAACAAUUUUUUUUUUAAACCUGAAUCUGCAUGGUAUGGGUGUGACUGUGUGAUUUAGAUAUGUUUGGACGAGUGAGAGAAAUGACAAAUGUGUUUUACACGUUUUCCUUUGUGAGUUUCUCCUAUUAACGAGAUAUGACCUAAGGUGAAACUGAGUAAUAAACUCCAUAACGGCAUCCAGGCCAAGCUAAGACUUUAAACCAGCUAUAUUUGCUUUUUUGCUCUCUGUAUUAAUAAUGCAGGAUGUUUAUUACUCAUACACACAGCUCUUACUACCCCUACCCACCAACAUUUUGAAAUGAUGUCUUAGUGUAGUCUACUUGUGUAUGUAUUAAUUGUAAGAAAUUAUGAAUUAUCUUCUCAAUAAACUGUUGUUCUCAAAA